AUGACGAGCUCCCCCGAUGCCCAACAACACCCACAUGACGCUGCCGUCCAAGACGAGCCUGAGCAAUAUCGUGGCUUAGACGCUACAUCUUAUACAGCACGGCGUUUGCAUCAUGCUUCUGCACGUCACCUAUACCUGACGUCCCGGAGACAUUUUAUAGGGCCCAUUCCCGAACAUUGGAUACAUAGUCAUCGAAAGGCCUGGUAUCGGUCAAGGCUAAGCUUCAAAAACUACACCUCUCGCACUCUGACAUUCUCGGCAAAGACUACUUCAUUCAACGAAGCCCCACGUUCCCCUUCGCCGGAACCUCCGACAGAAGUGAACGAGACUUUGGAUGACCGUGACGAUGAUGGAACACCCGACGAUUCCACCAGAAGGCGUGAUCCAUCAACUCACGAUCCAGACAAUGAAAACCAGGAGGUUGAUACGACCGAGGAAGGCGAGCCUAGCCCAUCCGAUGCUGAUACUGGAGUAGCAAGCACAUUCGUGACUGCCAGAGAAACUCUUCCAGGAGAAGAAGAACCUUUGAGUCCAUCUAUCACUAAGGCCACCACAUUAAACAAGCCAAGGGCUUCACGUGAUUCUGGUACAGCUUCUAGAUGGACGCAUACGCAUCCCUCGCCAGGACGGUCGUCCCAAGUGCUAAGCACUUUGCAUUCUGCGACAGAUACAGGAUCCACUGCAUCCCUUCUUCCACACCGGAACGAUGUAGAGGCCGACUCUACUGUUUCGACAAAGACUCUCCGGCCACAGGAACCCCAGCCUCAUGAUGUGCAAACAGCCAAGCGGGCAUCCGGACCCCAAGACAGGGUAAGAGCAAAAAUUGCUCGUUUCAACUUGGAUGACAAUGUUAUGAAUCAGCAACAACGCAUUCGUUCUCGAAUCGAACGAACGCAGGACAAAGUUUCCGCCAACAGGCCUCGUUGGAGUAAAGAAAGUGAAGGCGAGAUGGUCAGAGCACAAAAGAUGCUUGUACGAGUUGAGGAAACUUCACAAGAACUACCAUUUGAUUAUUCUGAGAAUAUCAGUUUUCGAACAGAGACCCGAGAAAUCAAGAAAUGGCGUGAGUAUGUCGUCGUCUGCCGGAAAGCCCUCGAGGAUAGCGCCCACUUCACGCUGGAGAUGUACAAAACUCGGGUUAUCCAGGGUGUGGAAAAGUCACGAAAAUCAGCAUACUAUGAAGUUCCAUUGGACAAGAAAAUCACCAAAGUCAACUUGUACUCCGCACUGGACAAGACUUGGGCUAUAUGGCACCCAUACAAGCUUGGUACACGAAUCUUUAUUCUAAGACCUCGGUCUUCAACUCAUGCAAUGGAAUGGUAUACUUUUAUCAAACAGACACUGGGGUGGCAUCGUCCAACAUCUUUGCUUAUCAAUGUGCCUGAUCUGGAUAUCUCUGUUACUUUCAAAAAUCCUUUCAAACAAAUUCGCCUUGGUAACGAAGUCUCACGUGAAAGGGAGACAUUAACCGCCAAUGCAAUUGUUGGUAACUGUAUUAAUGUACUAAAAAGCCGCAGUGGAUGGUCUGAAGCACUGGAACACUGGUCAAAAACGUCGAAAAUGGGUUUGGCAUGGAAACGAUUUGACCGUCUUGAAUGGAUUUAUGGUGCCAAUGAAGAACACAUGUACGAAACUAUUGGAAUGCAAACUUCCCAUGAUUUGGAGCUUAGGCCAAAACACCACUAUCCCACCAUGCUAAAGACAGAUGGCGAGGAGGAAGUGGAGCCAGCCCCUAUCGAAGGCUUUCUCGUACGUCUCACUUCUCAGAAAGGUGUGCAACAAAGACUGGGCAAGGAAUUCUCCAAGCGACAGUAUUAUUUCAGCCAGGACCGGUUUCUGUGUUUUUGUAAGCCGUCGAAAGCGCUACCUCCACAUCCUCCGGAUACCGAUUAUACAGAAACUACUAUACCGACAUAUCAGGAAAUUGCCGAACGGAAUCCACUGCGGUACGAUAUUCUUCCUUACCCAGUACAAGACGGACAUAUCACAUGGCUUGCGAGUGGUAAUGCGCAGUUUCUGCGACGGCGUGAUGAAGAAGCAAUGUCGCAGUUUGCACGCAAUAUCGCCAAUUUGCAGAACGCAGAAGGCCUUGUGGAUUUAUGCCAGGUGAAUGAUGUGCGAAUAUCGGGAGAUGCCAAUGGGAUCAGAAACAGUGCAGAAGGCCAAGGAGCACAUGAUGUAGACGAUAGUCGAUUUGAGCUUGUUUUAUCGAACGAUCUCGUGCUCCGCUUCAAAGCUUACAACGAAGAAACGCGAAAUGAAUGGAUUAAACGUCUCACGACCCUAGUCAGGUACUGGAAAAAUCGGGUAAAGGCCGAUGCUAGAGAGCUCAAAACUAUCCGCCAACAUAAUCUUGAGAUUUUGAAUAUUGAUGAGAGGAUGGAAUCAGUGUUUGGUCAGUUUGCUAGUAAAUGGGAGGUGAGACGAGCAGAAGCUUCGCCACAUCUGUACAACAUGUGCCAUCUGGCGGGGUGUCGAGCAAUCAAGAUGUCAGGAUACCUCUACCGCAAACCUCGUCGUCGUUCAACAUUUCAUCGCUGCCAAGUCAUUUGCACUUCUGGACAGCUCUUAAUUUUCCAAGACACUCUUCGCAAGCACAACGGGGUCGAAAUCCCACACAUUCAUAAGGAACGGGUAGCGACGCUAGACCUACAAGAUUGUUAUAUCUACUCUGGCCUCCUGACUGAGAAUGAUUUACUAUAUACCAAUCAGACAUUCGAUAACAACUACCCCGGCCACCAUGCCUUGCCGAGAAUCUACCUUGCUCAAGAUGGUUGGACAAGUCGAGACGAAGAUACAGCUAUAUGUUUUGUCAUUUGGCAUCCCAUACGCAAGAGUCUGUUCCGAGCUGCCGAGGUAAAGGAGGGCAAGACUAACAGAAUGCUUCGUCGUGUUUCUGCACUCGGUGUACCUGGACGAACCGUCGUCUUCAAAGCUAGGAACCGUAUUGAGCGAGAUCGAUGGGUGCUAUAUAUUGAAACGGAGAUUAACAGGUUACAGGAAGAAAGGGGAGAGGACGUGAGGAUUGUCUGA